AUGGGCCGCUCCUUGCUGCAGCACUUUCGCAAACCAUUUGAACGGAUUCUUAACGGCGCUCGCUAUUCAUUCCCACACGUACGUGCACGUCGGCCGCGCGAGCAGGCGUUCGCGGAGCUGAUAGGAGUCCCGAUCAUGGUCCAGGCGCGGCCUUACGUGGAGCGGGUGGUGGAGUUCAGGCCCUUCGCCUGCUCCGACUUCAUCAUCCCAGUGCUCACCAAGCUUUGUCCGCCGGGAGAGAAGAUGGACAGUCUCCCGUCUAUUUCCUCGUCGGUGUGGCUGCAGAUCUGCCCGGACGUUCCCGCCGAGUGUCCGGCGAUGGUGAUGUUCUUGAUACAGAUAGGGAGGCUCGCAGAGAGCCUGGAUGACCGGUGCCGACGAGAGAAGCUCAACAAGCCGAAUGCCGGCCGACCAAGCGUGGAUCUGGACGAAGCGCUCAGGAUAGCGAUGCCCGUAUGGUCCGCUGAAGAAGAGUAUCUCAUCAUGAAGGUCACGCUCAACGCGAUCGACGUCCUGCGGCGCUGGAUGCGAAGACCGCGGCGACGGAGAGCGGCCGGCGAGACUCUCCCGCCGACCCAGCAGCCAGAGCCAAACCAGGCCGCCAAGGUGAAGACAGCCCGGAAGACCAAACGGUCGACGCUGACGUCAAACAACAACAAGGAGACCGCCAAGGCGGCGAGAUUGGCAGCGACGAGCGAGGCGCCCCCCUCCAUCGAUAGCAGCAGCAGGACGAGCAACAGCAAGGCCUCCAGGCGAGGCUCGACGAGGAAGGUGCAGGGAUCGGCUUCGUCCCCGUCAGUGACCGCUCCGAACCCUGCUGCCGCGGUCGGCGGUGGUGCUAAGGAGGACAACCAAGCGGCGGUGACGGCGGCUGCCAACGAGGGGGAGCAGCACGAGUCGACACGCGCUCGGCAGCGGCUCGAACAGGCGAAGGUGUUGGACAAAAAAGUCGAAGCUAGCCGAGAGGAAGGCGGGGGGGGUAAUUAAUUCGCCACAAGGGGGCUAGCAAACCAAUAGAGGUGUGUGUGGGGUUGUGGUAUGUGGUUUUUAGAUGCCAUGGAAGCAUGUUGUGAUAGCAACUCGACGAGUAUCGUAGCGUUGCCUGUCUGAAGCUUUCGAGGUUUUUAGUCGAGAGCGCACACAGCGACACGCUCGCUCACCAAGCACGAUCGAUAGCAAGAUAGUAAUCUUGCCCCCCUCUUUUCCGUGUCUCGAGGAAGAAACAAUCCCGUGUUACUUUUCUUCUGUUUCAAUUCAGUGUAACCGGGGCCGGUGAAAAUCUGUCUUUUCACGGCGAGUGGCCCACACAAUGACCACCAUUCGGAGUAGCAACCUCUGGGGAGUCAGGACGUCGCUGGCUGAAAAAGUCGCCCUGUGCCCAACGGACCAACGGACAAAAGGACUAACCACAUCCUUUCGUACGGCCGAGGAAGCAUGAUGAGCGAAAAACAAACCUGCUCUCAUCAUUAUCCAAUUCCAUCCGAGGACUAAAAGAACGGCUACAACAAUAGGCAUGCUAUGCAAUCCUUGCUGCGGUUGCAACAAGAGCUAUCACGCCUGCGAUACGGCUACUACAACGGACGGACACCGAAGCACAAAUCACACCCCUCGCCACGACUCAUUUCCAUUACCCACACUGCUGUGCCAGUGGCACAGAACAAUCACACGGCACAACAUGAAAGGUAUCUAUGCAACGAGGUCGGCCAGGGAGCAGCUGAAACCAACAUCGCAUGGCCAGCCACAACGAAACACUUACCAUAGACCCCCCCCC